AUGGUUUCAUCUGUCGCAGUCGAUACAAUGCAGGAUGUGUUGAGGCAAAGUCGAUAUCAUAUGAAGAGAUGUUUUGCUAGGUUAACUGGUUCUGGAAAAAGGCUGAUGAAGUUCCAGCACGUCAAGGAUGAAAUCGAGCAAACCAUUGAUGAUAAACUGGAAAGAUCAAAGAUUUUGGAAGGUUCACUGGGUGACAUAUUGAGUUCAACACAGGAAGCAGCUGUUGUGCCACCUUAUGUUGCUUUCGCAAUAAGGCACGAUCCCGGGCUUUGGGAUUAUGUCAAGGUAGAUGCCGAGAGUCUCUCUGUGGCUAAAAUCACAUCUACUGAGUACUUGAAGUUCAAAGAAAUGAUCUUUGAUGUCAACUGGGCAAAGGAUGAAAAUGCCUUGGAGAUUGAUUUUGGAUCAUUUGAUGUUGGUACACCAAAGCUAGCCGUAUCAUCUUCUAUUGGGAAUGGACUCGGCUACAUAUCAAAGUUCAUGACCAAAAUGCUUAGUGGGCAAACUGAGAGUGCAAAACCGUUGAUCGAUUAUUUACUUACUCUUGAACGUAAUGGAGAGAAACUUAUGAUCAAUGAGACUCUUAAUACAACCGCAAAGCUUCAAGCAGCACUGGUAAUCACAGAUGUAUUUGUAUCUGCUCUUCCAAAGGACACUCCUUACCAGAAUUUUGAGCAAAGGCUUAAAGAAUGGGGCUUCGAGAAAGGGUGGGGUCAUAAUGCCGAAAGAGUUAGACAAACAAUGAAGAUACUUUCUGAAAUACUUCAAGCACCGGAUCCUAUAAAUAUGGAAGCAUUUUUCAGUCGGCUUCCAGUUAUUUACAACAUCGUUAUCUUCUCUGUUCAUGGCUACUUUGGCCAAGCUGAUGUCCUUGGUUUGCCCGACACCGGAGGCCAGGUGGUUUACAUUCUUGAUCAAGUUAGAGCCUUGGAAGAAGAAUUGCUUUUCAGAAUAAGACAGCAAGGGUUGAAUGUCAAACCUCAGAUUCUUGUGGUGACUCGUCUAAUCCCAAACGCAAAAGGGAACAAAUGCAACCAAGAGAUGGAGCCUAUAGUUAACACCAUGCAUUCUCACAUCCUGAGGGUCCCAUUUAAUACCGAGAAAGGAGUUUUAGGACCAUGGGUCUCCAGAUUUGACAUAUAUCCUUACCUCGAGAAGUUUUCUCAGGAUGCUACCAUGAAGAUUCUUGAGCUGAUGGAACGUAAACCAGACCUUAUAAUUGGGAACUAUACGGAUGGGAACUUAGUGGCUUCUUUAGUGAGCAGCAAACUCGGAGUGACUUUGGGAACAAUUGCUCAUGCUUUGGAGAAGACUAAAUAUGAAGAUUCAGAUGUGAAGUGGAGGGAUUUAGACUCAAAAUACCACUUUUCAUGCCAGUUUACAGCCGAUAUGAUAACAAUGAAUGCUGCUGAUUUCAUAAUCACCAGUACAUAUCAAGAAAUUGCAGGAAGCAAGAAUCGGCCUGGGCAAUACGAAAGCCAUGUGGCAUUCACGAUGCCAGGGCUACACAGAGUGGUUUCAGGCACAAAUGUGUUUGAUCCAAAGUUCAAUAUCGCAUCCCCUGGAGCUGAUCAGUCUGUAUAUUUUCCGUUUAGCGAGAAACAAAAACGACUCACGAAAUUUCAGCCUGCCAUUGAGGAGCUUCUCUACAGCAAGCAAGAGAAUGAGGAGCAUAUUGGGUUCCUUACAGACAGAAAGAAACCAAUAAUCUUCUCAAUGGCAAGACUCGACACCGUGAAAAAUAUCACGGGACUAACUGAAUGGUAUGGUAAAAACAGACGACUAAGGAACCUAGUCAACCUCGUGAUUGUGGGUGGAUUUUUUGAUCCGUCCAAAUCCAAGGACAGGGAAGAAAUGGCUGAGAUCAAGAAAAUGCAUUCCCUAAUCGAGAAAUACCAACUGAAGGGGCAGAUGAGAUGGAUAGCUGCUCAAACUGAUAGAUAUAGAAACAGUGAGCUUUAUCGUUGUGUGGCCGACACAAAAGGAGCUUUCGUGCAGCCCGCGCUGUAUGAAGCUUUUGGCUUGACAGUUAUUGAGGCCAUCAACUGUGGGCUGCCCACUUUUGCCACGAAUCAAGGGGGGCCCGCCGAGAUUAUAGUCGAUGGGGUCUCGGGCUUCCAUAUCAAUCCUAACAACGGGGAUGAGUCAAGCAACAAGAUUGCUGAUUUCUUCGAGAAAUGUAAAAGUGAUGGCAGGUUUUGGAAUAGGAUGUCGCAGGCGGGACUUAAGCGGAUAGAGGAAUGCUAUACAUGGAAGAUAUACGCGAACAAGGUUUUGAAUAUGGGGUUAGCUUAUGGAUUCUGGAGAGUGUUGAAUAACGAGAAAAAACAAGCAAAGCAAAGAUAUAUUGACAUAUUCUACAAUCUGCAGUUCAGGAAGCUGGCCAAGGAUAUAGCUAUUCCGACUGAAAGUAAAGAGUCAGUACCACCCAAGCAGACUCCUGAGUCCCGAGAACCAGAAUUAGCACCAGCACCCAAAUCGACUCCUAAACCGGAGCCACAAAGUUCGCUCAAACCAGCAAUAAGGACCAAAGGUGAUAAACGAGGAGACUGGAUUCAGAAGGUUGAUGAGUCGAGACUAAUGAGUCGAACGCCUUGUGUAUGCCACUGGUUUUGUCUGUGCAUUUCGUGCUCAAUUGUUAUUUACUCAAUGCUGAAGAUAUAUGGGUUUUUCAAGUGA